UAAUUGAAAAUUUAUUAUAACCAAUUAUACUAAAAAUAUUGAGAUUCAUCGAGUACUAGAAACGUAAACAUAAUACAUUUAAUUUUAUUAAAUAAUAUACAAGAUUAAGACAUUUUUAUAAAAUAUGUGGGCAGGAGAAGUAAAAAAAGAUAUCGCAGCUUUGAUAGUUCAUACAUAUCCAUUGUGUAAACAUAGUGACAUGCCAGAAGAAAUGAAACAAGAAGUCAUAGAGACAUGUGUUACUGCUGUAGAAAAAUAUUCAGAAAACUAUGAACACGCAGCUCGCAUGAUCAAAGAUAAUCUGGAUAAGAAAUUUGGACCUCCCUUUCAAGUAGUGGUUGGUGAAGCUUUUGCUUGCUCAAUUACAUAUCAAGAAAAAUCACUAUUAUACAUGUUUAUUAGUGGUAACAUAGCAGUUCUUGUAUGGAAGACAGUUACAGGUUUUUGAUGAAUCUCAAAUGCUAAGUCAUAGUUUUAUAUAACACCAUGUAUUAUUUUUCUAAAUACAUAUUAUCUGUUUCUCUACAAAAACAUAGAUUUUAGUGUUGAAUCUUAUGUCAUGUUAUAAUUAUCUAAGUUGCUAAGUAAUACCGGAUGAUUUAGUAGGUUUUGUUAGAAAGAAUUGUUACAUUUUAGUU